AGAGUUUCAAAUUCAAAAUAAAUACAUUUUAUUUCAAUCAAUUUGAAGAUUCUUCUUCCUGUAUUGGGCCCUAGAUCCUCUAAUCUUCGCUCUUUAUCUUACUGUCUUCCUCUUUUUCCUCAGAUCCUUUCGAUUUUCUUCACUAAUUCCUGUCAUUAGACUUACGUCUUCGGUUUAUGUAGAUUUGAUUUAACGCACGCUUUACGAGAGUAGAUCGGUGUGAAGUGCAAUGUGUUAAUUGUUUGGUGGCGUUGAAGAUCUCUGUACUCGUUGGAGUAAAAGAUUUAUUCUGCUUAGAGCAUUUAUUUUUCUCGUGUGAUGGAUUCGGAUAAUCUCUCGUCUGCGGGUGGGCUUGAGGUUGCCCAUCAAAAUGGUGUUUACCCGCAACUUUGGGUGGCUGGAGACGACAUUAAUGUUUUGAAUGGUGUUAAUGGAAAAAUUGAGGAAACUGUUGAGAGUUGUUUGCUGAAUGGAAGGGAUGACAAUGGAGCAACUGGGGAAGCUAGAGAAGGGUUGAAUGACUUAAUCGGAAACAGUGGAUUGAUUGAUUAUAAGGAAGGGGAAGUAAAAGAUAAUGUGGAUGUGAAGCAAUGCGAACCUUGGAAGGUUCAAUGCAAGACGAAGAAUGAGAAGCCGUCUGGUCCCAAAAUUGCUUCUUCAGUUUCAAUGAAAAAAGGUAAAGAUGAAAAUAUUGUAGAGGCGAGGUUAACAACUUCAAAUGGAAGAUCUAUUGCUACAAAUUCACAUCCGAAACAGCCUCCAAAAAGUCGAUCUUGUAAUGAAGGACAAGCCAAUGCAUCCAAGCGUUCUGAGAAAACCGAUGCAGCCUUCUCCAAGGGCCCUUUUGAGAAACCCAAACUGAAGCCUCUGAAAAAAGGGACUCUUGGUAAAGCUGAAGGAGACACAGAGUCCUGCCCCACUGAAGCUGAUGCCAAACCCUGUAAGGUUGGUUCUCUUCCAAAUUACGGUUUCAGUUUCAAGUGUGAUGAACGAGCUGAGAAAAGGAAAGAGUUCUACACCAAACUUGAGGAAAAGAUUCAGGCAAAGGAAGAAGAAAAAAGCAAUUUGCAAGCCAAGUCCAAGGAAACCCAAGAAGCUGAAAUUAAGAUGUUUAGGAAGGGUUUGAACUUUAAAGCAACUCCAAUGCCAAGCUUCUAUCAGGAGGCUCCACCUCCUAAAAUGGAACUAAAGAAGAUACCACCAACAAGAGCUAAAUCUCCCAAGCUUGGUCGAAGAAAAGGUUCAACUCCUUCGGACUCUGAUGGUAACAGCAAUAAUGGCCACCAAUCAAUCCUGCUAAGCCUGGAUGAGAAAGCAUUUCGGUGCAUCUCUUCCAAAGUAAUUUCUCCUGUCAAUGCCAAGAAGCCGCAGCGGAAAUCACUUCCUAAACUGCCUUCUCAGAAGGUUAGUUUGUCCGGUAAAACAAAUGAGGAAAAGACAUCCAGUCGGGAAAAGUUUCCUGCAUCAUCUAAAGCAACAAAUGAGGGAAAGGUAACCUCGUGUAAGGCAACACCGGAGGAGAACAGCACCAUAUCAAAUGUAACAAAUGAAGGUUUAUCUCCAGCCCUUCAGCAGCAGGCAGCUUCUGCAGCUGAUUCCGGUGAACAUCAGUCUGACAUUGAUCAAGAAAUUUCUGAAGCUGAUUCAGGGGAAAGUCAGCACAACAUCGAUCAAGUACCGGAUCAAGAACCGAUUGCAUCGGAGCAUUAAGCAUAGCAGUGGUUUGAAGUGGAUAGUUCAUAUACAAAGCUCUUGACCCCAUUUUGCUUGGAUAAGGACGUAUAAAAGUAUUAUUUGAUUAUCAAGGCAUAAAAAAAUUCUACAUUAAUGGUUAUGAUGUCUUCUUCUCCGAUAUUCAGCAGCUUUGGUUUUUUCGUGUGUUGUUUGCAAAGGUUGCUGGGCUUCUUGUUAGGAUUCUGCUUUCCUGUUUGCAGCACUGUAUGUGAAUUACUUACCAAGUUGACCCAAUUGAUGUUUUUUAAGGAUAGCCUAUUGAACAUAUUUCUGGAAAAUUUUGAAGUCU